AUGGAGAUUCCAGUUUAUACCCUGGAUUCCUUCACCAGCCAACCCUUUAAGGGGAACCCUGCAGCAGUCUGUCCUCUGCAACAUGAGCUGAGUGAUGAAAUGUAUCAGAAGAUCUCAGCAGAAAUGAACUUGUCAGAGACUGCCUUUGUAAUCAAACUGAAUCCAUCUGACAACUUCACUACAGGGUCGAGGUUUCGACUUCGAUGGUUCACACCAACUACUGAAGUAAAUUUAUGUGGACAUGCCACUCUGGCCACUGCAAGAGUUUUGUUCCAGUAUGAAAACAAUGUGAAUACCAAGCUGGUGUUUGAGACCAGAAGUGGAGAACUGUGUGUCACUCGGUUUGGGGAAAAUUGUAUCAUGGAUUUCCCUCUCAACCCAGCGAGCCCUGCAGAUCCACAUGAGUUCAGAGACGUAAUCAAGGCCGCAGUAGGGAGUCUGCCGGUUCAGGAGGUCUACUUGAGCGCAAAGACAAAGAAACUCCUGAUUCGAUUGGCUGACAGCUGUCACAGAUCAGAAUUACACAACUUGAAAAUAGAUCCUCUUGCUCUGCAAAGAAGUGACUCAACUGGAAAAGUCAAAGGAGUUAUUGUCACAAUGAUAGGAUCUCCAAAUGAACAGCCAGGAUACGACUUCUACUCCAGAUAUUUUGCUCCAUGGUUUGGAAUCACUGAAGAUCCCGUCACUGGUUCGGCUCACACGGUCUUGGGGAGCUAUUGGGCUGAAAAACUAGGAAAACGCAAGUUACUGGCUUAUCAGUGCUCCAGCAGAGGGGGAGAAAUGGAGCUAGAAGUGAGAGAUGAUGGAAGAAUCAACAUAUCUGGAACUACUGUUACUAUAAUGCGUGGAACCAUCACAAUAUAG